CGACGGGUGAGGCACAACAUGAGUGAUUCCCCUACCUCUCGUUCCUUUAUCAUGUGCCGUUCUUCGGCUUCACACUGACCGUCCGUUCCUCGUAUCGCCUCGUACAUGAAGCUAUAAAGAUACGAAAGGCAUGCUCCUGAUAGUUCAGGUCCACCCGCACGUAUUCGCCAACCAUGCCCGUCCCGGCAGAGACCAUUCACGAUGUGGACCCUCAGGCUCUUCGCGUCCUCGUAACAGGCUACGGGCCCUUCCGCUCGUUCAAGGUCAACCCGUCGUGGCUCGCCGUGAAGCCCCUCCACAACACGACCGUCCGCACCGCGGAUGACAGGCCUAUCCACAUCACCUCCCUCGAGGUUCCGACCCUCUACCAGUCCGUCCUCGCCCUUGCGCCCUCACUCCACGCUCGGCCUCCCGUCGUGCCUACGCCGAAGGACCCAGCCAUGGCGGUCGCGCCGCCGCCGCCAGACGGGUACGACUUCAUCUUGCACGUCGGCGUCAUGAGCAAGAGCGGAAACCCCAUCAAGCUGGAGCAGCGCGGGCGGAAGUUCGGGUAUGACCAGGACGACGCGGAGGGCAACUUGUGCGAGGUUGUGGAGGAGGCUGGGGGCGUAGAUGGAAAGCCGAAGCGCGGCUUUGGAAAGGGCUAUGAGGAGCUCGCGGACGAAUUGUUCACGCCUAUUGACUGCGCGAAGCUCGCGGAGCACCUCAAGGCGACUGGUACGGAGCAGGUCGCGCUCUCGGUUGAUGCGGGACUCUACCUCUGCGAGUUCAUCAACUACGCCUCCCUUGCCGAGUCUAAGCGCACCGAGGCUACCACGAAGAGUACUCCUGUCCUCUUCAUUCACAUCCCGCCCGUUGGCGAGCCUCUGAGUACAGAGGAGUGCACGGACGCGCUGAGGAAGACCAUCUCGUGGGUCUGCAGUCAAUCAUGAGCGGCUGACCGCCCCCAAGUUCACCGGCUUCCUAAAUGCUUACGGCGGUAUUCACCUAACGCUGCAUUCUACAAUCUGUAGACGAGUCUUUGUAUGGUCUUCAUACUUGAAGGAAUGGGCAACGUAGUGCCCAGUACUACUGUUGUAGCAAAGUAACACUGUUAGUUGUACAAGAAACCCUCUGACGCAGCGGCAGUCCCUGGUGCGAGCCCUGUCAUGAGGCGUAUUGGCUGCAUACCCAAGCCACGACGUUCCGCAAUACCUCGGUGACCUGCUCCGUACUCAACGGCUGAUCGACCGGUGGACAAUGCAGAAACAGGGUCGGCGUGGCCUUUCCACUUUCAUGCUUCGACGCGGCCCGCUUGGCUUCCGCGAGCGAGCAGUAGUUGAUGAACUCACAGAGGUAGAGUCCCGCGUCCGUCGACGGUACGAUUUGCUACACGCGUUGC